AUGCCAACAGUGUUUGAUGAGGACAUUGGUUUUAACUCUGCGCCUUAUGUAAACUCUGCGCCUGAUGUCAACUCUGCGCCUGAUAUAGUCCAGGAGUUUAGUGAGGUUGCCAGUGGGGACACAUCACCAGCUCAGUGGGUACUCAAUCAAGCAGAAACUAAAUGCCAAGGACACUGGAGCCACCCCACGGUGACCGAGGAUGAGGAUACUGGGCCCUGGACGACCCCCCGUCCCAAAAAGCUUCAACUGGUAGGUGCAGGACUCCAGAGGUACAUUAGACAGUCAAUUGAUCAAUUAGAACAAGGGGAUUAUAACACUCUCAUCACUUAUGGUCCAGUCAAACCACACGGUGAUCAUUUCAGACAUUACACUGGUGGUGGCUCCCUGUCACAACAGAGCAUAAACUGGGCAAAGAGCCUGCCAAAUUUCCCUGACCCCAAGUCUAAGACACCUACUGAUAUGAUCUGA